AUGCCCAAUACAAAUGUUCUUCUCAUCAGACAUGCAGAAAAACUUACAUGGCACAAAGGGACAACGCCAGAAAUAGAUCAAAAGGCUGCAUACAUUGACAAUCACUGCCUCUCUGCAAAAGGUUAUGAAAGAGCACAUGCUCUAGUAUCAUAUUUCACCAACCGACAUGAAAUAGUUUCGCUUUAUGAGCAACGACCACUGGCUGCAGUGAUCUCGCAGGGCGUGGACGAUGGACCCGAUGCAUGGGGGAGAAGCAGACGACCUCUUGAAACGGUUGAGCCAUUGGUCAAGGCAUGGAACCUUGCAUGGCCAUCUGUUGCCAUGUCUGCUGUUGACAAUGCGUCCUGUACUACACAGACUUUGACUCCACAGCGCUUGCCAUUAAUUCAAGUUCUUAAAAAAGACUUUGCAAACUUGACUGCUAGUAUUAAAAAUGGCGAGUUUGAGGGAAAGACAGUCAUCAUUUCAUGGUCACAUCAGCAGCUUCCUCAGCUUGCUACUGCACUGGGUGUACCGGUAGAUCUGGUACCAAAUAAAUGGAAAGGCUCCAGAUUUGAUGUAACCUGGGUUGUUGGAAUGGAAGAGGGUAAGCCGAGCACCUUUUAUCAAAUGCCGCAGCGUCUUUUAUAUGGCGAUGAAGAUACAGUUUUGAAAUAA